UACUAAAUCACUAAUAAUAUACUUAAUUAUAAUUAUCGUUAAUACUCUUCUCUUUGGCAAAACAAAAGUUAGUUAACUUUACUAAGUUUUGUAUUAAUAGCCAAAUGUAGCGAAACUGUAGACAAGUCUAAAGCAAACGGACCUAAAGUUACAGACAUUGUGUAUUUCGAUAUCAAGAUUGGCGACGAAGAUGUGGGACGCGUUGAGAUCGGACUCUUCGGCAAAACGGUUCCCAAAACUGUCAAAAACUUUGUCGAACUCUGUGUUAAACAUAAGGAAACGCCGGAAACCGACGGAAAGUUAGUCGGAUAUAAGGGAAGUAUUUUCCAUCGCGUUAUCAACGACUUCAUGAUUCAGGGCGGUGACUUUACUAACGGCGACGGAACCGGUGGUCAUAGUAUUUAUGGCAACAAAUUUGCCGACGAAAACUUCAAACUCAAGCAUUACGGCGCCGGAUGGCUAUCGAUGGCCAAUGCGGGCAAAGACACCAAUGGUUCCCAAUUCUUCAUCACAUGCAAGAAGACCACUUGGCUCGACGGCCGUCACGUCAUAUUCGGCAAAGUCAUCAAAGGAAUGGAUGUGAUCAGAAAAGUUGAGUCAACCAAAACCGACGGCAGGGAUAAGCCGGAGAAGGAUGUGAUGAUUGCCAACUGUGACACUCUUCCGGUCACCGAACCAUUCCCUGUCACCAGAGAUGACGCUCUUUUGUAAUACUUUCCAAUAAAAUUGAUUUUUAUUUGAGA